AUGGCUACAAAACGGCGGCGACAAGCUGAAGAACUCGAGGUUCCCGAUUCCUCUGAAAAUGCGGCGGAGCGGAAAAGGGUGUUGAAUGUUUUGGCACAACGUCGCUAUCGAACUCGGAAGCGCGAGCGUUUGGCAGCACUGGAAAAGGAGCUCGAAAAGAAGUCAAGUCGAUCAUCGUCUGAGAGGGCGGUAGACGGGUCUUCUUCAGCUUCUCCGGUCAACCUUUCACCGGCCUCCGCUCAAUCUACGAGAGCGGGCGGGUGUGUUGAUAUCUUUCCGCCUACACCUCCCGAGGACAGUUGGCACACUCGAGACACACUGCUCGAUACAUUUCCCACUGCAGCCCUAUCGGACUCGGACUCGAGCCUUCUUAGCCAGUCCACGUUUAUGGACUCUUUUCCUGAGGCGCUGCUGGAUCUAGAGCCACCAACUUCACCUCUGAAUCUGGACCUGCUAUCCGCCGUCUCACAGCCGCUUCCAGAGUCACCAGCGUUAACUUGGCAGUUUCUUUCGAACCCUGCCAACCUGGUCGACGGCUGCAAUCCCGAUCUUUCUUCCAGUCUGCAGUCGCACCAAACCUCCACGUUCACAUUCCCCGACGACAGGAUUAUCGACGUACCCACGCUGACCCUGCUCAAGGCCGUGAUGGUGAUUGCCACACGACUUGACGUCCAUCAGUGUCUCUGGGAUCUCUCUGGUGUCAGCCCUUUCUUCACCGGUCCUCAGCUGAAUCCGCAUUCCAUUUCGGGCCCCAAUCUACCUUGCCUCGCUAAUCUUCCGGCCCAUUACCAGCCCACGGCCACCCAGCGACUCGUCCCCCACCAUCCAGUUCUUGACCUUUUGCCGUGGCCGACGGUGCGGGAUAAGCUGAUCCAAGUCUUCAGCUUACCCCCGCAUCUGCGACCAGCGCCGGCAGCAGAUCCCAUGGGCCUCGUAACGCUGAUCUAUGACAUUGAGGACCCCACAGAGGGACUCAGAGUGUCUGGAUCUGACCCGUUCAUGGCGGAUAUGUGGGAAGUUGGACAAGUGGUCUUUGGGCGUUGGUGGUGGGCGUUUGAGGGGAAGAUCGUGGAGACUAGCAACAGCUUGAGGAGGAGAAGAGGCCAACAGGGCCUUGUGCUAGGAACCGUCGAGUGA